AUGGAGCUGCCGACCCUGCAGGGCGGUCCUUCACCAGCAAUGAACGGCACUCUCAGCAAUGUUAGUGCCUCCUCUCCUGGGCGCGUUUUCCUCCUGAUGGGCUUCCCUGGACUGGAGUCUGCCCCAUACUGGUUGGCCUUCCCAGUUUGCCUGGCGUUCCUGCUUUCAGCUCUGGGGAACGGGAGCAUUCUCCUUCUCCUCUGGCUGGAGACCAGCCUCCAUGCGCCCAUGUACCUCCUCCUGGGCAUGCUGGCCGCCUGUGACUUGGGCCUGUCCACCGCCCUCCUGCCAACGAUGCUCCAGGUCUUCCUCUUGGGAUCCCGAGCGAUUGGGGAGGCAGCAUGCUUCUCUCAGCUCUUCUUCAUCCACUCCUUCUCCAUCAUGGAAUCCUCUGUCCUCCUGGCCAUGGCCAUUGACCGCUUUGUGGCCAUUUGUCACCCCCUGAGAUACGCCUCCAUCAUAACCAACGCCAGGCUGGUCCAGGUGGGCUUGGCGAUUGUCCUGCGGGGCCUGGCCUUGCAUUUCCCCAUCCCCUUCCUCCUAAAGAGACUGACCUUCUGCCGCCCCAGCCUCCUUUCUUUCUCCUACUGCUUGCACCCGGACAUCAUGAAGCUUGCCUGCCAGAAGCCCUCAUUGGUUGCCAUCUAUGGCCUUCUUGUGGUCUUCUCCACCAUGGGCUUGGACCCGAUCCUGAUAGUCUUGUCUUACGCCUGCAUCCUGAAGACCAUCCUGGGCAUCUCCCUGUUGGAGGAGCGCCACAAAGCCCUCAACACCUGCGCUUGCCACAUCUCCGUGGUCCUGCUGUUCUACAGCCCCAUGCUGGCUUUGUCCCUGCUCAGCCGCCUCAGGGUCCGCGUCCCACCCUUCCUCCAUGUCCUCUUCUCCUAUCUCCACUUCCUGGCUCCCCCCUUGAUCAACCCUGUCCUCUACUGCGUCAAAAUGAAGGAGGUCCGCAGGAUAAUAGCCGCAAAAGUUGCUGGGACCCAAACAGGAAGAUGGGAAGGAUGA